AUGUUUCCAGGAUCAGGCAGACACACGUAUGGUGGCCAACAACAACAACAACAAGGAUAUGGUGCACCACAAGGGUAUGCACCACCACCAGGUCCUCCACCAGGUCAAUACAAUAACUAUGGACCACCAUCAGGACCCCCACCAGGCCAAUAUAAUAACUAUGGACCACCAUCGGGACCACCUCCAGGUCAGCAACAAUAUGGAGGCUAUAGUCAACAGCAACCACAACAAGGGUACGAUUCUCGUGCUCAACCUGGUAUGAAUGGUGAACCAGAUUAUGGACAUAAAUAUGGAUCUGGAAAUUAUUCUCGACCACCCACUAAUCAACAAUCAUUUGGUGUUGAAAAUUACAACUACCAGUAUUCCUCGUGUAAUGGUCGUAAAAAGGCCUUACUUGUCGGAAUCAAUUACCUUGGUACUCAAAAUCAGUUAAAUGGUUGCAUCAAUGACGUCAACAAUGUUGAACGAUUUUUAAUCAGUCAUGGAUUUAGUGAAGAUAAUAUUGUGAAGCUCACUGAUGACCAACGUACGCAACGUGCUAUUCCAACUAGACAAAACAUCUUGGACGCCAUUCAAUGGUUGGUGAAAGAUGCUAGACCUAAUGAUUCACUCUUUUUCCAUUAUUCUGGUCAUGGUGGGCAAACUGAAGAUCAACCUGAUCAAUAUGGAAAUUAUGAUGAAGAGGAUGGAUACGAUGAAGUGAUUUAUCCAUUGGAUUUCCAAACCAAUGGUUUCAUUGUUGAUGAUCUUUUACAUGAUAUGUUGGUGAAGACAUUGCCUCCAGGAUGCAGAUUGACGGCAUUAUUUGACUCUUGUCACUCAGCUUCAGCUUUGGAUUUACCAUAUAUGUACUCCACCAAAGGUGUGUUGAAAGAACCAAAUGUGAUGGCUGAAGCAGGUCAAGGAUUAUUAAAAGCUGGUAUGUCGUAUAUUUCAGGUAACAGAGUCGACAUGGUAAAAGGCUUAGGUUCAGCCGUCAAGAGCUUUAUGAAUCAAGGUAGAGCAUCAAAAGCAAAUGAGUAUAGCAAACAAACCAAGACAGCGCCAUGUGAUGCUAUUUCUUUUAGUGGCUGUAAAGAUAAUCAAACAAGUGCUGAUGCUAAAGAAGGUGGACAAUCCACCGGUGCAAUGAGCUAUGCAUUCCUCACAGUGAUGAAUCAAAAUCCAAAUCAAUCAUAUUUGAGUUUGUUACAAAAUAUGAGACAAAUUUUGCAAUCAAAAUACAGUCAAAAGCCACAAUUGACAUCAUCACAUCCAAUUGAUUGUAAUUUACAAUUCAUCUUUUAG